AUCUAGUAACUAAACUUUAAAGUAAUUACUCUACGUGAGUAAAAUAGAUAGAGUGGGGCGUCGUACUUCGAUCAGGUGUAACAUUCGUUCUCCAAUCCUUCAGAAACAUAGUUAGCGUUGUACCGGAAGGGGACGGUAGUAGUGUGCGAUUUUAGUCGUAAGCUCUGAAGGUACUAUCUUGGAAAAAGUGGCUCGCCAUUUGCGAGAGUGAAGUGCAAAGACAUUUAUUAACAUCGAAGUAAGUUUUGGCGACGGGGAGUGGAAUUACAUUUGUUAAAGUAGUUAUAUCACGUUUAUAUGAAAAGGAAAUUUAAUUGAAUAAGUUAUCACUAGUGGACAUAUAUCGGUGAAGGACAGAACAACUCGAGACCACUUCGGACAUCGUUUAAGUUAGAUUAGAAACCAAUUUUGCAGCAAGUGUUAGUGUAAUAGUUCCGUUUAUCACAUAAACAUUUUAAAGAAUAGCAAAAUGAAAGGAAGAGAGAAAUUAUGUGCGAAGUUAUCAAGUGCCUUCUUAAGAAAGUGGUGGUUCGUCAUAGCAAUAUCUCUAGGAUGUCUACUUUUUGGCAUAAUUGUAGCUGUUUUCUUCAAUAGUUGGGUUAAUCUAGUUAUAAAUUCACAAAUAAAAUUAAAAGAAGGAUCUCAGACAUUCAAAUGGUGGUCGAAACCCCCAGUAGAACCCAAGAUCAAGGUAUAUAUUUAUAACGUUACCAAUGCUGACGAGUUCCUUAAUAAUGGAUCGAAACCAAUUGUUGACGAAUUGGGACCAUAUGUAUACAUAGAAAAAUGGGAGAGAAAAAAUGUUACUUUCCACGACAAUGGAACCCUCACUUUUAACUUACAAAAAAUGUAUCGGUUUGACGCGACCACAUCAAAUGGUAGUCAAGAAGAUUUAGUGGUUGUGCCAAAUAUACCUAUGCUGAGUGCAACCUCACAAUCGAAACAUGCAGCAAGAUUUUUGAGGUUGGCAAUGGCAAGUAUAAUGGAUAUUUUGAAGAUAAAACCUUUUGUAGAAGUAUCAGUUGGUCAAUUGCUAUGGGGUUACGAAGAUCCUUUAUUAAAACUAGCCAAAGAUGUUGUUCCUAAAGAACAAAAAUUGCCAUAUGAAGAAUUCGGUCUGUUAUACAAGAAAAAUGGUACUUCGGAAGAUAAUAUAACGGUGAAUACUGGAGUAGAAGAUAUUACAAAAUAUGGUUUAAUUGACAAUGUAAAUGGAAUCAAAAAACUUCCGCAUUACGCUACAGAUCAAUGUAACAGUUUAGAAGCUUCAGAUGGUUCAAUAUUCCCACCACACAUGACCAAAAAUACGACAGUGUACAUUUUUGAUAAAGAUUUAUGCCGCAGAUUGCCAUUAGUAUUUCAAAAAGAAGUUCUUUCAAGCAGUAACGAAGUACCAGCAUUCAGAUUUAGUCCACCCAAAAAUGUUUUCGCAAGCGUAGAGGAAAAUCCAGACAAUGCCUGCUUCUGUCCCCAAGGACCUCCUUGCACACCAUCUGGAUUCUUCAAUGUUUCUUUAUGUCAAUACGAUUCUCCUAUAUUACUAUCAUUCCCACAUUUCUACCUCGCUGAUGAUAAAUACAGAACUGCAGUAGAAGGAAUUUCCCCACCUGAUCCAGAAAAACAUACAUUCUAUAUGGAUAUUCAACCGGAAAUGGGCUCUGCUAUGUCAGCAAGGGCACGUAUACAAAUCAAUUUGGCUGUUUCUCAAGUAGUGGAUAUUAAACAAGUAGCCACUUUUCCAGACAUUGUUUUUCCUAUAAUGUGGUUCGAAGAAGGUUUGGAAUCGUUACCUCCAGAGAUGACAGGCUUAAUGAAAUUAGCAACUACAGUUCCACCAAUCGCAAGAAUAGUCAUAACAAUUGUGUUGUUUUUCAUAGGAGCUAUUCUCCUCAUAAUCGCCAUUUGGAGGUUGGUAAGAGGAGCUAACAGACUUAGUUCACUCCACUUGGCACCUGGACACGUUGGACCUCCCAAUAAAACAAAGGACUUGCCAAUGGCUAAUGUUCCAAAAUAUUAGACUAGUAAAAGACAAAUUCAGGUGGUUGAAAAUGAUCCGGUAAAAUUAUUGAGUAAUUUUUCCUGAGAAUAUCUUUAUAUGAAAAUAAAUUGCUUUGAAUAAAAUAAGAAUUGAUUAAAAAAUUGUUAUUCAAACCUACUAGUGAAAAUUAAAUACAUUGAUUCCAUUUUUGAGAAAUUAAUUUCUUAGUUUUCAGUAAUAUACACAUGUUUUGAACCACUCGUAAAUAUUUUUUAUAUUUUAUGGGGGCAUAAAUUAUGUCUGUUAUUUUAACGGGUUACGAUCCGCUACAAAACAGUGAUUGGCGAAUAUGAUUUAGUUCCAAAGCCCCGGAAAUUCUGCUCAAAAUAAAUUGUCAAAAAUAGAUUGAAUACUAAAUUUACAAUCAUGUUACUACCAAUUUCUGUACUCUAAAACAGUUGUAAUUGUUAGCAAUAUAGAUUUUUCAACCCUAGAGUAUAAAAAUGAGAAAAACUACCAAUUACAAUAGAUUUGAUCACUAAGAAAUACAUAUUCACGUAUCAUUGAUACAAGUCUACAAUAAUUUUAUGGUUAAAAUCUUGAUCAAAUUGUGUUAGUGUAUGUUAAAAGUGAAAAAAUCAUAUGUUGGCCGAUAACUUACCUCGAGCAUUAUUCCACCAUUUUAAUAAUACAACUACAAUAUACAAUGUAAUGAAAAAAUAUUUUUCCAAAUCCGUGGAAACAGUCGAUUGAUAAGAAUAAUGUAAAAAUAGAGUACGCAUGAUUAACGUCGUUAUAGGAUAAUUUAUAAAAUAAAAUACAUAUAUGUCUAUCUGAAGAAAUAUUUCAAACAAAUAAGAAAUACUACCAAUAAUUAUCUACGUAUCUUCAUUAAGUCUUACUAAUACAAAAUAAUUUUAGGCGAUCAUUAUUUAAAGCUGACUUCGAUUUCAGAUAAGCUCUAAUGUUUAUCAAUAGCUACAUAUAAAACAAUUGACGUGGAUUGACAUUUCCUUUUUCAUAACUAUCGACCCUUUGUGAGACUACUACUCAGAAUAAGAUGGAUGCAACAAUAAAUCACAACUUCAGAUAUUGUUUUCAUAAUCUGUAUUUAUAGUUUUGGUCCAUCCUAAUUUUCGACUGUAAAUUGAAAUACUUAAGAUAAAUUAUUGCCUUACAGUUAGCGACUUACUUUAUGAUUUCUGGAAAAACAUUUUUGCUAGUAAAAAUAGAUAAGAUAUGUAGUGUUUAUAUUUCCUGUGAUUAUUUCGGCCUCUUAUAAAUAGUUGUAAAUUAAUUUAUUUAUAAAUUUAAUAAUCUAUAAUCCAUCUUUAAUCAUAAAUUUGUUCAGCAACGAAGAGAUAAUAAUUCCAUACGGGCAGACCUUUGAUUUGAACUAGGUACGUAUUUCUCAGGAAAAAUUACUUUUAUUUCUUGAAAGAGAAAUUCAAGUGUCGAUACUAUUAAUAUAGAAUUUUUGCAACUUUUACAUAUAUAAUUUCUCGAAAAUUAUAAUGAAUAAUUCUGGGUAUAUUAUCAGAUCGAUUCUUGUACAAAAUGACCAAUACUUCUUAGACUCGAAACAAACUGUGUCUCAAGUUUUCGCAAAUUUAGGCGUUGAGAUCAUUUCCUAAUGGAUAUUCUUGGAAUACUUUUUGAAUUCAACACAAACAGUUUUUCCGGUAUCUUUAAAUUCUUAGGUAAGUAUUAUUAAUAGGAAUCUGGGGUUAAAAUACUUAGAAUUUCUUUGUCUCCAUAUCCUUGUAAUUAAAUUAUUAGUCAAUUUGUACAAAGUAACUUGUUUGCAUAAACAGGAAUGGUAUAUCAUUUUAUGAUCCUAUGAAUAGGAUCUACACUAUUUUUGACCACUUGGCAAUUUUUAAACAACGAAUAAAAGAAUUUGUUUACAAGUGUGAUAAUUAUUUUUGUUAAUUAGAAACUAAAAUUGCCUUCUUUCCGUGUGAACUUUUAUGUAGAUAUGAAAAUAUUGAACAAGAUAUUUGCUCAAAAAAGAAAAUAAAUUUUAUUUUAAGUAGUUUUUUUAUAUCGAUAGGUUAAGAUGAUGGUUUGUAAGUAAUUAGAAAAUAUAUUAUUAAAAGAUUCAAGACCAACUUAGUUGGAAUAUUCCAUUUUUUGGUUAUUAUUGGUUUAAUGUCCACAACAAGAUUUAUAUUUAUUUUACCGCUUCAUUUCUAUUUUAAAACUUCAAGGCAAUAUCUGUAAAGAACAUAAUUAAUGGGCAUAAUCUAUAACAACCAUUAAUUUUAUUGGAGAAAAUAUAGGGUAUAUCACGAUAUUGGUUCUAUUUAUUUAAUAGGGUGAGUACCUUGAAUCAAUGAAAUUAUCUUAGUUUAGAUUUACCGUAGAAAUGAAGUUUCCACUUGUUUAUACCAAAAAUUGAAAUAUGUAUAUGUUAAAUGUAAACUACCAAUGUCAAUUUAUAUCUAACGAUCUGAAACUUUUAAUAAAUGGAAGAAAUAAAUCUUAUAUUUUCUCAAAUGAUUACCGGUCGUUAUGGAUUAUACCUAUAAUUCUGUUAUUCAUAGAUAUUAUUUUGAAUUUUGAAAUUGUCUAAGAAAGGAAGACAAAACAUUGAUACUAAAUAUUUCUUACAUUUAAUCAUAAGCCCAUAAAUAGGAAAAUCCAAAAAUGUGUUACUGUAUUCAGUUACGAUAGUUUAAGAGAAAUGAAUCGGUUCACUUCAAAAAUUUCAUUUGAAAACGGAGUUUCUAUUUCUACAAGAGUAACAAGCUUAGAACAAAUAAUGGUGAAGAUUCCCUGGCUAAGAUUACUGAUAAUAAACUUAAUGAAUAUGAAUAUUGAAAUUUGUCUUGUAUAUAAGUUUCCUUCAUAUUUAUGUUUAUUUUUAAUAAUGGAAACAAAUACGAUUAGAAAACGGGAACUUACUCUCUCUAGUUGGACUGAUUUGAAACUACUUACACGAGAAAAUAUUUGUAAAAAUGUAAACUAAAGUUCUUCCUAUAUCCUUAUAUAUUGUCAAAAUUUAUAAAUGAUUCAUUAAAUAUAAAAAUCGGGUAGGAACAAUCUAUAAACACCAAUAUAAUUUAUGAUAGACCGGGUAAUGCAUGAAACGUUCUUCAACUUAUAUUCUUUCUAAGUUUUAUGAUAUAUUUUAUGAUAUAAAAUUGGGUACUGUGGUGUUAUUAUUGAAUAAUUAGUACAAAAAUAUGUUUUUAUUUUCUUUUUAUUAUAUAAUAUACCAUAUUUGACAAAAUCUAUGUGUUUUCCAAAUUGCAAAAUUUCAUAUAGAUUUUUAUUUUCAGUUUGCAAUAAAAUUUUAUGUAUUCAAUUAGAAAAUAAAAUUUUCCAAUUUUUA